AUGUCGUCCACCGCCGUCUCUACCUCCUCCGCCGCCGCCCCGAGCACCUCGGCCGUGUGCGCAAACAUCUGGCAGACCCCCAACGAGGACAAGAACUGCGCCAUGCCCCGGACCGACAAGAACGUCGACUACAUGAAGAAGUGCUGCAAGGACGCCCAGAUCGUCAGCUACUACAACGACUGCGGCGUCUACUGCCUGGCCGUCGACCAGACCAUCGAGGACCUGAUCGGCUGCCUCCGCGGCGAGGGCGCCGGCGACCGCGACGUCUUCUGCCGCGGCACCGGCAACGACACGGCCACGGCCACCGACGUGGGCUCCCUCGACCCGACCAUCACCGCCAGCAUCAUCGCGGGGGCCACGAGCUCGUCCAGCAGCGGCAAGGAUGAUGACAACAAGGAGGAUGAUAAGGGUGCUGCCGUCAAGGGGAGCGUCAGCGUGCUUGGCCUUGCCAUUGGCACUCUGCUGAUUUCCGCCUUCACCAUUGGCGGCAUCUAA